AUGGCGCCGCCACGCAAGCGGACGAAAAUCGAAAAGGCUAGGCAAUGGCUGCAUGGCGGUGGAGUAACAAGGGAAGACUCCGACGACGAGUUGGGCCUGGAAGAUUACCCGUGGGAGUGGAUAUACGAAGAGGAAGAGCAGAACGAUGCAGGACAACAGCUGGGAAAGCAGAAUGGUGCAACAAAGAAGAGAGCGAGGCAUGCUUCAUCGCCUUCCCCUACCACCGGGAGACAAAUUAUAGGAGCACGGAUGGGCAAAUUCACCUGCCGGAUUGGAGAUACCGUGCUUCUGAAGGCCGACGGGAACGAGGCAUGGGUGGGGAUCAUAUGUGAUUUCUUAUGGAAGGAGAACGAUAAUGGAGUGAUGCAAAAGCACGCCAACUUCAUGUGGUUCUCCACACCAAGGGAGAUACGCAAUAAAGUCAAGAAACGGGACGAUGCGCUAGAGAACGAAUUGUACAUCACGCCCUCAUGGGACGAUAACGAACUGACCACCGUCAACGGCACCGCUCAAGUUGUCUCACCAAAAGCUUUUCACGCUAGGUUUCCUAACGGCAAGGUCCCUCGCAACCACAAGGACUAUGGCAAGGUCUUCGUGUGCAGAAGAGGGUGUAACACAAGAACGGCAACGUACACAGAAGAAUUCGUGUGGGAUGAGAUAUAUCAUGGUGAGGAGGACAUCGCUGCCCUUAUGGAACGAGUCAAGAGCCAGACCAAAGCGACGCGCAAACGUCGCAAGACCGAGAAAAAGGAUCUCGACGAAUUCGUCGUCGGAGAGGACGGAGACGAGGGGGUCCCAAAAACGCCUCGCAAACGCCGGAAAGUCGAUGGUAUAAGCACACCAACUUCCAAACGCAAAGACCUUACACCUCGCAAGUUCAUGACACCAACCCACAAACGCAUCGUGCUCAAGAAGCCUCUUGAGUUCACACCCCUAGGUACCCGCGUACUCUCUCCAUCCGCCCUCUCUUCCCCGUUUCAGAUUGCAAGAACCCAACUCCAUGUCUCCUCUGUGCCCGCUACGCUCCCCUGCCGAGAAGAAGAAUUCUCCACCGUCUACUCCCACCUCGAAGCCGCAAUAACCGAUGGCUCGGGUUCCUGCAUCUACAUCUCCGGUACGCCUGGCACAGGUAAAACCGCUACUGUUCGAGAAGUCGUGGCGCAGCUCAACGCAUCUGUACUCGCCGAAGAACUGGACGACUUCAUCUUCGUCGAGAUCAAUGGCAUGAAAGUCACCGACCCGCACCAGUCCUACUCCUUACUCUGGGAGGCCCUGCGAGGCGAUCGUGUCAGCCCGUCCCACGCCCUCGAACUACUCGAGCGUGAAUUCUCAGCGCCCAGUCCCAGAAGAGUACCGUGUGUAGUCCUAAUGGACGAGCUCGACCAACUCGUCACCAAGAACCAAAGCGUGAUGUACAACUUCUUCAACUGGCCUUCCCUGCGCCACAGCCGCCUGAUCGUGCUCGCUGUGGCCAACACUAUGGAUCUGCCCGAGCGGACGCUCUCGAACAAGAUCAGCAGUCGAUUGGGCUUGACCCGUAUCACGUUUCCGGGCUACACGCACGAGCAACUGAUCACCAUCAUCCGGUCGCGCCUCGCAAACGUACCAGGAAACAUCGUCCACCCAGACGCCAUCCAGUUCGCCUCCCGCAAAGUAGCCGCCGUAUCUGGAGAUGCGCGUCGCGCUCUCGACAUUUGCCGGCGCGCUGUCGAGAUCGCCGAAACCGAGGCACUCUCGAUCAAAGAGAUUGACAAUGACAACGACGAUGUUGACGACCUCGCGCCAGCCACCCCCAGCAAGACCGGCCGCGGUAAACCAAGGGCUUCCACAGGACCCCAGCAAGACCCGCCACCAAAGCCAAUCCCCACCGUCACAAUCGCCACCAUCAAACGCGCCAUCCACGAAGCGACCUCCAGCCCUCUCCAACAACACCUCCGCUCCCUCCCCCUCUCCUCCAAACUCUUCCUCGCCGCCCUCCUCGCCCGUAUCCGCCGCACCGGCAUCAGCGAAGCCGUGCUCGGCGACGUGGUCGACGAGGCGAGGCGGCUUGGCCUAAUGAGUCAGCUCUUGCCUUUGCAUGAGUAUCUGCUGGCUGAAGGGUCUGCACCGUCUGAGACGGAAAAGGAGAACAGGGAGAAGAGUGGUGGAGGGGCGAAGACGCGAGGCGCGAAACAGCUGGAGGCGAAGGUGCCCAGGGCGCUGGGGAUGGGGAGGGCGGCGGUAGAGUUGAUGGAGGCGGGGGUUGUGGGGUUGGAGUGUCGGAGGGGGGAGAGGGUAGGGAGGGUCAGGUUGGCGGUUGGGGAGGAGGAGGUAAGGCUCGCGUUGAGGGAAGAUGUUGAGGUUAAGGGCUUGGGGCUUGGGGGUUGA